AUCACCCCUGUUUCAAUGUGGAGUUUUUGACUCGUGAAGUCGGUGCAAUGAGGGCGUGAUUGCGGUUUUACGGAUGGAGUGGCUUUGUUUCUAGAAUGCGGUGGUUGGUUAUGCUGAGGAGUGGUGAUGUUCGAGUCAGUAGAUAGAGCUAAUGAGCUGGUUGGUAGUAGCACAAUAGGUGUAGAGACAGAAAUGUUGUGUGCUCGAGCGUACCCAGCGAUGAAAAGGAAAUGACUUUGAGGUUGUUCUAUAUAUAUCCACAGAAUUCACUUCCUUUCUUUCUUGGCUAAAUGGGAAGAACACCAGCAAAAUGGUUGAAGACCUUACUCCGUGGCAAGAAAUUGUCAAAGUCUCAUUUGCCAAAAGGAGAAGAUGUUUCGAAAUCUGGACAUAAGGGAGAGGCCUUAGUUCUGUCUAAGACACCCUCAACUGAUAUUAUUGUGGAGACUCCUUCAAAUUCAUUGCCUAUUUCUGUUACAAAUACUAUGAGUGAAGCGGACUUCGGGAAAGGACCAAAUGCUAUGGCACCUAAUGAUGCUAAUAUUCUUUCAUCUGACAAAGAUGGUAACGCACUUACAAAUGGUUUGGCCUUAUCAGAAGAUACUGAAAAUGAGAGGCUUCAGCAAGCAGCUACGAAGGCACAGGCUGUGUUUAGAGGUUAUCUGGCUCGUCGUUCAUUUAGAGCACUCAAAGCUAUUGUGAGGGUGCAAGCAUUCAUCCGUGGCCGCUUGGUCAGAAAACAAGCUAUUGCCACAUUUUACUGUGUGCGAGGCAUUGUAAAGAUUCAAAAAUUAGCUCGUGCUAAACAGGGUUGGGAAUUGCGCAAUCCUUCAGCAACUGGCCAUGAUAAGCUGCUUGAGGAUGUGUUCAUUCAGAAGCUUCUUGCUUCAUCUCGCCCUGCAAACCCUCUUCAUCUUCAAUACGGUCGCGGAGAUCCAAAUUCCUCUUAUAUGUGGCUUGAACGCUGGACGAAGUUUCGUUUUUGGGAAGCCUCUUCACUACCAAAGGAGAAUUCUCACUCAUAUCCUCAGUCGAAACAUCAAAAUCUGGAAAACGAACAGUGUAGCCACAAGCAAAGUGUUCGCAGACUGCCUAGUACAGACAUUAAAACUGACUCCAAUGGCUUAUCUUUGGAAUCCAAUAAGCCCAAACGCUACCCAAGGAAUUUUUCUGGUCACAUUGUAGAUUCAGUUCAUGAUAAAUCAGAGAAUGAGAUUGAGAAAUUAAAACUCAAUUUGAGAAGGACUAAUGACUUUUCAAAGGAGGUUUCUGAUGGGGUGAAGGCUAAUAAGAAGAAAAUGGACGAAAGUCUUGGGAAUGAACGAACUUCAGUAACCUCUCUAGUUCUGCAGCAAGAUGUCAGUCAUUCAUCUGAGGUGGAGCAAGAGUCCAAAAUUGAAGUACUAUCACAAUUUGAACUGAAAGAAAAUUUGAAAGCAGCAGCUUCUGAAGUGCAAGUUGAUGAAUUACAAGAGCAUCUGGCUGUAGUUAAAGCUCAUCCUGCAGAAAAAAUGGGUCCAAUUGAACAGAAGGAUGCUAGCAUGAAUGGCAAGCAUGAAAAAAGCACCCAUAGAAGAGCUUCUUUACCAGCGAAGAUUGACCAACAAGAGAAUGGGAAGCAUCCCACCACAAGAGUGCCCAGCUAUAUGGCACCGACUGAAUCUGUAAAAGCCAAGCUGAGAGGACAAAGCUCCCCUAGGUUCGCCCAAGGUGGGAUUGGUAUGAAUGGGGCAAGACGGUAUUCAUUGCCAUCGUCCACCAAUGGGGAAGUAGGUUCAUUUUCACCGAGAGCUCUGAGACUUGUCGAAGCAUCUGGCAAAGGAACAAUUAGAAGUGAUAAAUCUCUUACAUCUUCCAGAGAUUUUGGUGAGAAGUUGAUCAAAGUAGAGUGGAGGAGGUAAUCUGGUAUGGCAUGAUGAUCUCUCAACUUUGGCAAUAUUCCAUGCUCCCAGUUAGUCAUCAUUCAAGAUGCUAGAAAAUGCAUGGGACAUUAUCAUUUUCUGUUUAAGGGGUGUUUUAACUCUCUGAGCGAUUGGGUGGUUAAUGUGCUUAAUUAUUCUAUGGGCCUAAAUAUGUGCUGCUUUUCUUAGAUAAUUGUUCUGUCUGUAUUCCCUGUAAGCACUCUGAUUUAAUUUAUGAACAUUUUACAA